AUGGCAAAUGUUGUUGUUGAUGAUGAUGAUGAUGAUGAUGAUGAGUUGGGUGAGCUUGAGGUUGAGGUCGAGGCUGAGGCCAAGGCCGAUGAUGAUGAUGUUGAAUCGUCCAUUAAUGGCGUUCGAGUGAUUGAGUUUGAGUUAUAUCUGAUGUUGUUGUUGUUGUUGUUGUUGAUGUUGAUGUUGAUGUUGAUGUUGCUGGUGUCGCAGCCAAAUAGUUCUCCCUUCAAGAAUGCUUUGUACAACAGUCUUAUGCUCUGA